AGCCAUGGUAAUGAAGGGGGGAAUCCCCGCGUUGACCUUCUUGUUUCCGAUUCUUGCUGCAGCCUCUCCAAUUAAUUAGUUUCUAUCUGUAAAACUGCUGGAAAUAUGCAGAACGUUUUCAACUCCGUUAAAAGUGGUGCACUUGGAGUAGCUGAGAUGCUAACACCGGUUCUUAAGGCAUCCAAAUUUAAGGACACUGGGGUCAUCACUCCAGAAGAGUUUGUAGCAGCUGGUGAUUUUUUGGUUCACCAUUGCCCAACAUGGCAGUGGGCGAGCGGGGAUAAAUCAAAAGUAAAGCAAUAUUUACCUGAAACGAAGCAAUAUCUGCUUACAAGGAAUGUUCCAUGCUACAAAAGGUGCAAAGAAAUUGAGUAUGAUGACAAAAACGAAGCAGUUAUUGAGGAACAAGAUGAUGACGGAGGAUGGGUGGACACUCAUCAUCAUUUCUCUGGCGAACUUGAUAAAGUCCAGGAAGAAGUUCAAGAAAUGACAAUGUCUGACAGUAAAAAAGAUUCAAAUAAAAACGAUGAUGAUGAAAGUGAUGAGGAUGAUGAUGAGGCUUUGGACAUGGAGGAUUUUGCGGAAAAAUUAGAAGCUGAUGAAGAUGAUGCCAGAUUAGAUAUUGUUGCAGAGGUUAAAGAUGCAACAAAAGAAUCAUCAGAUGAAGGAAUAGUCCGCACAAGAACAUAUGAUCUUCACAUAACUUAUGAUAAAUAUUAUCAAACGCCAAGAUUAUGGCUAUCAGGAUACAAUGAGCAACGUAGUCCAUUGAAAAUGGCUGAAAUGUAUGAAGACAUAAGUCAAGAUCAUGUCAAUAAAACUGUGACAAUUGAACCGCACCCACAUCUGCCCCCUCCUAAUAUGUGCUCAGUUCAUCCUUGCAGACACGCUGAGGUUAUGAAAAAAAUUAUGCAAGCAGUCGAAGAUGGUGGAGGUGAAUUGCAAGUUGACAUGUAUUUGCUGGUGUUUUUGAAAUUGGUCCAAGCUGUUAUACCUACAAUUGAAUACGAUUAUACCAGACAUUUUUCUUUGUGAAUAUGAUUUAUUGCUUCAAUGAAAUUUCAUAUUUUUGAUCUGUGUAAAUGUGAGUGUAAUAUAGUAUCACACUCAUAUUUUUGAUCUGUGUAAAUGUGAGUGUAAUAUAGUAUCACACUGGUAAAAAUUUGAAUGAAGUAAGAAAAUGUAUGCAGUCUGCAACUAGCCAUGCAUUUUCUUCACACUCAGUGCUGUAUCGUAUUACAUUAAAUCCAGAUUAUAUAAAUAAACUUAUCAUUAUUCAAAGAUUAAAAAGAUACUUAUAAGGUCUACAACAUUAACCAGCCUUUUGUAACGGCUUAUAUUAUGUAAAAUGAAUCAAUCUAUUUCUGAUGCUUUGAUUGUAAUGUAACAGCAGGCAAAAAUAUAAAUAAUUCGCAUGUGUUGGGGAAGAAUGAGCAACAGAGUUGCAUUGUUAUAAGAAUUAUUGUUUUUUUUGCAUUAUUGAGUUGUAUAUCAUCUUUUUGUCAUGUCUUUUGGUGGGCUUUCGAAAAAUAAGCAUAAAAUUCAAAACCACUGAAGGGUUGUCUGCCAAAUAGAUAAAGCACGGGGACCUGGUAUUUUGCAAUGUAGUCAAAGUAUUCAAUUUUUUCAUAUUUUUAUCUUUCAAGGUAUUUAAACUGGGUAUAUAUAUCAUAAAGAGAGGUGACCAUUUUUAAUACAAUAACACUAUGUUCAUGAGUUACAUCAUGUAAUUAUGUUUUGGAGAAUUAUUUCCUAUCUCAAUGUAUUUGAUCCAUUUCCUUGGGCUACCCUGGUCAUCUGUUGUCCUGCCUUGAUUGCUAACUGACUAUGUAACAAUGUGUUUUGUUCUUUUUUAUAUUUAAUUAGAAA